AUGACAUUGCGAAAGGAAGGCUUCCUCCGUGCAGCAGCAGCAGAUCACGAGUCCCAGUGUGACAAGAGCGACAGACGGACACUGGCAAACAAAUGGCGGAAAAUCAUCAACCACCCGAGGCAGGGACAGAUGGUUUUCGCCAUGAGUUUGUUGGACGGCAUUAUAAAAUACGUUCCCGGAUCGAAUUAUAUUCUCCGAUACGACCACGAACGUCGGCAGCGCAUCGCUUGGCGUCUUGUGGCUGCCAUCGACGCCGUCAUAACUUCUCUGCACCGCCAGGAUCAGCUUGAGAAAGUUCUACAUGAAGCAUACGAUGGAGCUCUCAAGAACAUCGGAGAGGUUCCGUUUUCUGUCGUUCAGGCGUUCAUGAGAAGUUUCAACGAAGCAGGUAAGAACUUCAACUGGAGUGCGACAGUCUUCAACCGCUGUCUCAUCUAUCUGUACGAAGAAAUCACUUCAUUCCAUUGA